UGGCAGCUGGCGCUCGGGCCAUUUAAAUGUGUGUGAGGGAGACGGUGAAAUGGCUGCGCAGGUCGCUGCAGUGCGCGCCGUGUCCCGGGGCGCGGAAGAGACGCCUUCGCUCCCACUUGGCGACCGGCCGGGCAGACCCAGGGGAGGGGGGAGGAAGCGGAAAGGCCCGCCGGGGGAGCUCGGAGGGUGCAAGAGGGCCAAGCUGAGCCAGCAGCCGCUCGUGGUGGGGCCCGCUCAGGCGGAGCCGCCGCCGCCGCUGCCACCGGCCGCCGUCCCCGGCCUGUCGGCGGCGCCCUCCGUAGCGUCCACCGCAGCGGGGCUCUUCACUUUCUCCCCGCUCAGCCUCCCCGCGCAGGCCCCGCGCUGCGAGCGGCGGCAUCACCACCGGCACCGGCACCGCCCGGACAGCGCCGACUGCGAGCCCGGCCGCUCCUCCGGGGGGAAGCUGCACAAGGGGAGGCGGGGAAGCUCCGGCGACGGCGCCGUCGGGCGGCCCAGCAAACGAGAAAGCCGAGAUGAAAAUGGCAAGACCCAGAGAGCUGACAGUCUUAUUGUAAAGAAAAUAAAGAAAAAGAAGAAAAAGAAACACAGAGAAGAUAUGAGGGGGAGGCAUCUGAAAAUGUAUAAUAAAGAAGUGCAGACUGUGUGUGCUGGUCUUACCCGUAUCAACAAAGAGAUUUUGACUCCAGGGGAGAGUGAUAACUUGGAAGAAAAUAAGGAAUCUUUUAGGUACCUAAAAGAUGAGCAGCUGUGUCAGUUGAAUUUGGGCAUGCAGGAAUAUAGGAUACCCCAGGGGGUGCAGUCUCCAUUUACUACACACCAGGAGCAUUCUGUUCGCAGCAGCUUCUUAAAAACAGGCACUAAAUUUAGUAACUUUAUUCAUGAAGAGCGUCAGUCAAAUGGAGGAGCUCUGGUUCUUCAUGCCUACAUGGAUGAACUCUCAUUUUUGUCUCCAGUGGAGAUGGAGAGAUUUGCAGAAGAGUUUCUUGCUUUGACAUUCAGUGAAAAUGAGAAAAAUGCAGCAUACUAUGCUCUAGCUAUAGUUCAUGGGGCAGCUGCCUACUUGCCAGACUUCUUGGAUUACUUUGCUUUUAAUUUUCCUAACACUCCAGUCAAAAUGGAAAUCCUUGGCAAGAAGGAUAUUGAAACAACAACCAUUUCAAACUUUCAUGCUCAGGUCAGUCGAACAUACUGCUGUGGAACCUACAGAGCAGGUCCGAUGAGGCAGAUCAGUCUUGUUGGAGCAGUAGAUGAAGAAGUUGGAGACUAUUUCCCAGAAUUUCUUGAUAUGUUGGAAGAAUCUCCAUUUCUUCGUAUGACUUUACCUUGGGGUACUCUUUCUAGCCUCAGACUUCAAUGCAGGUCACAAAGUGAUGAUGGCCCCAUAAUGUGGGUAAGACCAGGAGAACAGAUGAUCCCAACAGCUGAUAUGCCAAAGUCACCAUUCAAACGGCGGAGAUCAAUGAAUGAAAUAAAAAACCUCCAGUAUCUACCUCGGACCAGUGAACCCCGUGAAGUUCUCUUUGAAGACAGAACAAGAGCCCAUGCUGAUCAUGUUGGGCAAGGAUUUGACUGGCAGAGUACAGCUGCUGUUGGAGUGUUGAAAGCUGUACAGUUUGGUGAAUGGAGUGACCAGCCUCGUAUAACCAAAGAUGUAGUUUGUUUUCAUGCUGAGGAUUUCACAGAUGUAGUUCAGAGGCUUCAGUUGGAUCUACAUGAACCUCCAGUGUCGCAGUGUGUUCAAUGGGUCGAUGAAGCUAAGCUAAACCAAAUGAGGCGAGAAGGGAUUCGCUAUGCUAGAAUCCAGCUAUGUGACAAUGACAUCUACUUCAUCCCUAGAAAUGUCAUUCAUCAGUUCAAGACGGUGUCAGCUGUCUGCAGCUUAGCUUGGCAUAUAAGACUCAAACAAUACCAUCCUUCAGGGGAGAAUUCUCAAAGUACAGAAAGCAUUUCAAAUAUGGACACUAGCAUCUGUGAUGAGACUAAAUCAGAAGGUGAAGAUCAAUGUGUGCUUGUGAAAAAGGAGUCUGAAGAAGUAGGAACAGAAGUACAGACAGCAACAGUGGCGUCACCAUCAUUGUUUUCAUCUCUGUCGUGACUUGUUCUGCAACAAGAUAAGCUGGCUCAGCCCCUUCCAGUUUUUAAACUAGAAUCCGAUCAGCAACACAAGCCACAGGAUGGUCAUAUAUGCUCUCUUGUGUGAUAUGUACAUAAUCAUAUACAUUUUUAAACGGCUUUUUAAAAUUUUGAUGUGAAGUUAUAGUUUUAUAACUGGGUUAUGUUUUAUUGGAGAAAUCUUGCCUAUAAUUCUAUAAAGAAAGGUGACAUUCCAAAAUGUCAAGCAUAUCUUUUUUACACAGAUUAUGCAAAGUUAGAGUUGUAUUUUACUUCCUUAGUACAGCAUGUAGUAGUGGACUACAUUUUUCUUUGUCAUUCAACAUCUCCACAAAUGUUUUUCCCCUCCUUCAGGAACAUUAAGUAUUUAACAUUUAGUAAAUCUGAUAUCCCUCCGUCUAUUUUAUCUUUAGCUUUCAGCAUAAAAGUGUUGGUUUCUGUGGAGGAGUCACACAGUGACUCUCCCAUUUGAUUAGUGGCUUGAAUGAAAGAGAAAGCACAGCACUUUUAAUGAUCAAUGACAUUUGUGUGAGAGAGACUUUGAAAGCCUAGAGAAAGCUCAAGUUACCAGCAGUGUAGAUUAAUCCUAAUUGCUUAUCAGCACCUUCACAAAGAAGCUGAUAUCUGAGAUUAGUUGCAGAGUGUGAUCUUGUUGAAUUGUAAUACCUGAUGUAACACUUCCCAUACCUCUGCUUUUAAUGUUUGUGGGAAUAUUACUUUUUAUAUCUUCCCUGACUGCAAAAUGUAAUACUAGUGUCAAAUGAAAGUAACUGUUGGCAGUCUCCCUGAGGAAAUUGUCAUCUUAGAGCACUUUAAGGCUUUACAAUAUUCUAACCAACUUGGUGGCUUGUUCAAUUCACAGCAAGCACCUGAGGUGGAAACCAUAUGUUCCUUUUCAUUGAUGCACUUAAUCCAGUAGAGUAGGCUUCACAGUAUAAAUUGGUUGCCUUUAUUCUCAAGAAUUCUAUAUUGCUGUUUCACAGGAAGUCUCAUGUGUACUGCUAUUUCCACAUGUAACUCUUGGGUACCCUAGUGCUAUGUUGAAAGGUUAAAUGACACUCACUAGUAUGUUCAGUAUCGUUAGCAAGAUUGUUUAGCACUCAUACAAUAUUUCCCAAUGUUAACUAUAGUCAACUUUCAUUCAUUAUUUGUAUGCUGAAUUACAUUUAUUUCUGGUACUAGAAGAGAUGGGCCCUUCACAUGUAGGAUAUAACCUUUGUUAAGGUGUAAUCAUAGUUGUUAAUAAACAACUCCAUACUUGUGGGGUAGGAGAGAGAUCUGCAGCACUACAUCAAUGCAAGUAAGAAAGCAGCUGUGUUUAUUUCAACACACCUUUAUCAAUCUUUUUGAAAAGAACUGCAAAUAUUAAUCUGUUUCUAAUAGCAAUUACUUUGUGCAAUAUUAUUUUGUGUAGAUCAUAUGCAUAUUAGUACCUCUGCACAGAGGACAGUUUUAAACCAAUAGCAAAAUGAUCAGAAAAUAUUGCAGUGAUUUAGAUAGAAAUUGUAUUACUCCUGAUAUAUACAUGUAAAUGUAUUGUCUUCAGUGCAGACUGAAGACAAAUAGAAAAUAUUUCAACUUAAAAUGAAUUUUCAGAUUGGAGUGGUGAUGAAUUGUUAAGUAAUCUGUGUAAAUAAGGUGUUAGGAUGAAAACCUUUUUACAAAAGGUAAUUUUUUUAAUGCAGGAGUGUAGCUUUUAACAAAAUUCUAGAUUGACCAAUACUGGUUCAGAUGAUAACCCCUGUGUACUCUGGCUUUUUCCACUUUUUUACUCUUGUCCAGAAGAAUUUUCAUAAGCUUUAAUAGGCUCUGCAAAGUAAAAUUCUUCACAGGCAAUACAAGUUUCAGUGCAUGAUUUAUAUUUGACCAAGUCCAUCUUUAUUUUUGCAUUUCUCUUCCAUCCAUUUUACUAGUCUUCCAAGCACUGAUUUCCCUUUACCCAUGCAUUGCACAUAGCUAUAUCAACAAAUAUAACACUGGUCUUUACAACUUAGCAUGAAAACAGCACUGUGUAUAAUCACUCAGGAACUGGAAUAAAAAAAAAAAGUUCUUACAGUUGAAGGGAAAACUGUUAUCUCUUUGUCCCAAAAUAAAAUUUUGACAGAAUUUAAACAAACAAAUUCUAACAAUGUGUACUCACAGAAACUCCAUUCCCACGUAACAAAAAAUAAUUAAUACAUGGACAAACUUCUGUGACCCUUUCUAAGCUUCUAGAUUGUAUUCUGCCCUCUAUGCAGCCAGAAGAAUUUCUGCUAAGUUUGCUUUUUGUUUUUUAAAAAUAUGAGUUUAGCAUCCUAUGCUAACCAGGAAUUCCAACAUACAGCCAGUUGUUGAACAGCUGUAGCUGGUUCACACAUGCUGAUAUAAGAGGAAAGUGAAACUAAAUGCCAGUGAAGUCUUUCUCCUGGACAUCAGGGAGGUUAAAGUGCAUGAGUCUAACUUCUGCAUAGGCUUUUUCCAGUACAUGCACUUUGUGCAUUAUGCACUUACAAGCAUUACGUGUGAAAGUGGCUUAAGUGGUAGUUUAGGACCAGACAGAAUUAAAAUGGAAACGUAAGGUGGAAUUCAAUGUCACAUGCACUAUUGCAAAUGUUCUGUCUGAGCAAGCUAUUUAGCUUGUCAGAUAGAAUGACUCCCCUUAUCUUCCCUAUGUCCUGUUCUGGGGUUAUUCCAGAUCUCUGAGCCAAUUUGGGUGGGCAUGGGAGGGAAGUCUUGUUGCGCAAGCAGAAGUCUGAUGAGACUUGUCAGGUGAAUCCCACCUAGAGUAGACCCAUUAAAAUUAAUGGGGUUAACUUAGUUAUGUUCAUGAAUUUCAGUGGGUCUACUCUGAGUAAAAGUUAGUUCAAUACCAUUCAUAAAAAGUUUUUUUGUACACAUUAAAUUAUAGCAGUGGGCAUAAAGUACAACAGAAGCUUGCUUUCAAAUGGAUUUAUACCCUGCAAAAGGUAUAUGGAUCAAUCUUUCAUGGCCUCUUAUGUCUCUCUGCACCCAAUGGAGAUGGAGAAUCUUGGAAUGAUGUUCUGUGCUUUUCCAGUUCAAUAUGUUAGUGUUGAAUUAUGCUGUGUUGUAUGUAGUAGCAUUUUGAAUAUAUUUCAGACAUUUAAAGAUAAUUCUUUCUGUCAUGUUCACUUAUCUUAAUUUCAUUUUAACUAUAUUGGUUUGGAUUGAGAAUUAAUGCUCCCCUGGCUUCUUCUUGUGCUGGAGGAAGCAGGGUAGAGGGGGGCAGGGAGGUGAUUUACACCAAUGCCAUCUUCCUACUGUAGCCCCCUGAAAAUUUUCUCUGGAAGACAGGGAGACCCUCUGGAACAAUGUGGGAGGUGGUGGAGGAAAAAAUCCCCUUCUUCCUCCAGUGCUCUUUAUUCUAGUUUCCUUCAGCUGUCAGAGGAACAAGUCUGGAUCCAACCCAUUAUCUUUUCAAAAUGGUUCAGAAGCACAAAUUGUCAUUACUUCUAAAUUCUAGGGUCAAGUACCAAAGAGUUCUGUUCACACACUGAGACUUUGUUGAUUUCGCUGCUGAAGCUUUGGACUGUAUUCUAGAUAGUCUCCAAUUUCUGGGGGAAUGAGGGGCUGCAGUGGGAGAACAGGCUGCUCCACACAGUGCAUGUAUGGCCCUCAGGAUCUCUGCCUUGGUCUCCCUUUUUUAAAUAAGAGACAUGCCAUGUAGGAUUAGCAUGGUGAUAAAUUUACCUGAUUUGGGCAAAGGAAGGCUAGUUUAAACAUUUGCAAUAAGAACAAUGAUGACUACUACGAACCUGAAAAAUAGGAGUGACAGAUGACUGGGUUCAUAUUAUCCAAAUAACUCUUUAUUUGGUGAACAUAUAACCUUUAGCUCUCAGAGAAAUAAGGUAUUUUUAGAAGUGAACUUGCAGGAAGAUACUGGGAAGUAACAUCUUGCAUUGUUCAGAAAUUUCUGAUGCCAACUUAAUUGAUUAUUGAAUGCCAAGAUGUGCAAAUAAAAUUCGCUUAACAAGAAAUGCAAUGUUAUAAACUAUAGAGCUAUGUUUUACUUGGAGUAGGCCCACUGAAAUUAACAGUAAUUUCUAAGGUCUACUCUUGAGUAAAACUUAGUUACAAAGUGGAAAAGGAGUUCAAAGGCAGAAUUAUAUUUAGAUUUAUUUAUUACAGGUAAUUUUCCAGCUGGGAAGACUUUUCUCUGUCCAAUUUCUAUAACUGAAAACCAGUUAUUCUUUGAUAUAUAUUGUCUCAAAACUGUAAAGAAUCUGCUAGCUACUAGCAGUUUCACAAAUACGGUUCUUGUCUAAAGUUUCUUAAUCUCUCCAUGUUGAAUAAAUAUCCCACUGUUCCUUAAGGACCAAAGAACAACAUUAAUUUGUGUUCAGUGAAUGGUUGUAUUGGGCCACUGAUCCAUUUAGCAAAGCAGCAAAAGUAAGAUUAAGAAAUAAGUGGAAUAGGCAUUUCACACCCCACCCCAAAUAUUUAUGAACAAAAAUAUAUUUUGUAAAUAACUGACAUGUUCUCUUCCAUGAAGAUGGAACAUGUGCAAGGUUCUUUAUAUUUAAGGGACACUUACAUUUAUCACACAGAUUUUCCCAAACAGUAAAAGGGCUCUUGUUUUGUUGGUAGUUUUCCUACAUGUGAGGAUGUAGCUGCUUGUCAAGAGAUGGGAGAGCCUAUGGAUGGACAUAAAUGUUUUCUCAUGCUGCCAUUCACAUGCUUGACUAUAUUAUGAGCAGUAAGCUCUUUUCACCUGGGGCACAAUCUAGCCAAGGUUAAGCACUUUUAAGUUCCUUUGAUUUUUUUUUUUAAUGGGAGAUAAGCUGGACUUUCCAUUGGAAUCUGUGAAACUAAAUGUGUUUAAUGUUGGCAGGAUUGCACUCUCAUUUCUUUUAUAAAUGCCGAGUAUUUAUAGCCAUAUUGGUUGUGUUUGAAGGUUGCUAUGAGUGGGGUUGCUUCAGUUCCUGAAAGCUUUGUACUGUAGAUAAAUUUUAUGUUGGUCCAAUAAACAACUUUCCAAUAAUGUUAUGGCCUUCCAUUGAUAUACAUAAUAGUUUUAGGACCCAACAGCACAUGUAGUUGAGAAGGGGCUUCUCUUAAUAUAGCACUUUCAAUUCUGUCUAAGCAAAUACUUAUCUUUACAUGUUGUAUAAAAUAGAUUUGUGUAGUGUUUUGUGAUUAAAUUCAGUUUUGAUUGGCAGCCAAGAUAUUUUUCUGUGGUUUUAAUAUAUCCAAGGUCUUUGCAUAUAGAGGAUAUGUACAAUUGUCUGGAAGACUGUUUUUCCUUUUUCUUUUUUGGCUUUGUGUGGCCUUAGUAUAUUUAUUGACAUUUAGCAAGUGUUUUAAAGAGGUUUUUAUAAUAGUGUAAACUGAUGGGAAAAUUUUAAGCCUCUCUGUGAAUAAUCCUCUAACGCAGUGCAUUUCUUUUAGUAGCUGACUGUACAAGCGUAUCAAACUGUUAAAGUUAUUUCUUUGUAAAACAAACAAAUAGUACAAUGGAAUGCAUAGAUUUUCCCCCUGUAAAGUAUUUUUUUAAUAAACAGAAGUCUGAUUUGUCCUUAA